AUGUCGGCCUCAGGAUCCGGUGCUGAAUCCAGCGCCACGAAGAAGGCAUUUCCUCACGUCGACCUUGAAGGCCACAAUCUACCCCCCUCUCCUGCUCCUUCUAGCCCCCAUGCUGGCCGACGUUAUAAUAUCGCCACUGAACUAGUCUACACGGACAGUAAUGACCAGUACAAUGCCAGCAGCGUCCCGAUCUAUCAGAGUGCCACUUUCAAGCAAACCUCCGGCGCAGGCGGCGGCGAAUACGACUACACCCGCUCCGGAAAUCCCACCCGUACGCACCUGGAGCGGCACCUGGCGAAGAUCAUGUCGGCUCAGCGUGCCCUAGUGGUUUCGUCUGGUAUGGCCGCUCUGGAUGUGAUCACCCGAUUGCUUCGUCCUGGUGAUGAGGUGGUGACUGGUGACGAUCUUUACGGCGGAACCAACCGUCUUCUCAAGUAUCUCUCUACCAACGGCGGAAUCAUCGUGCACCACGUGGAUACCACCGCCCCCGAGAAAGUGCGCGAGGUCCUGACCGCGAAGACGGCCAUGGUUCUGCUCGAGACCCCGACCAACCCUUUGAUCAAGAUCGUCGACAUUCCCCAAAUUGCCGCGGCUGCCCACGAGGCGAACCCCAACUGUCUGGUCUCCGUCGACAACACCAUGAUGUCGCCCCUUCUUCUCAACCCUCUCGAUCUGGGCGCCGAUAUUGUUUACGAGAGUGGUACAAAGUAUCUGUCGGGUCACCACGAUCUCAUGGCGGGUGUGAUCGCGGUGAACGACCUGGCUCUUGGCGAGCGGCUCUAUUUCCCCAUCAAUGCGUCCGGUUGUGGUUUGUCACCUUUCGACUCGUGGCUGCUGCUGCGUGGUGUGAAGACGCUGAAGGUGCGCAUGGAUCAGCAGCAGGCGAACGCGCAGCGGAUCGCCGAGUAUCUCGAGGCCCAUGGCUUCAAGGUUCGCUACCCUGGGUUGCGGUCGCACCCUCAGUAUGAGCUUCACCACUCUAUGGCCCGUGGCUCCGGCGCAGUUCUUUCGUUUGAGACUGGGGAUGUGGGUGUUAGUGAGCGAAUCGUCGAAAGCGCCAAGCUGUGGGCCAUCAGCGUGAGUUUUGGUUGUGUGAACAGCUUGAUCAGUAUGCCUUGCCGCAUGAGCCAUGCCAGCAUCGACGCCAAGACGCGGAAGGAGAGAGCGAUGCCAGAGGAUCUCAUUCGGUUGUGUGUGGGUAUCGAGGAUGUAGACGAUCUGAUCGAUGACCUGCAGCGUGCGUUUGACGACCGAUUUUCCCAUCCAUUCUGUCGUUUGAAAAUGCCGCGGGAUGCCCUAUCUCAAGAGGCGCCAUCGUCUUUGAGUAUGUCGGCCAUCGCAGAGCGCUCCGUCUCGACGACGAGAUGGAACACCGACCGGUUAGGGACGCGAUUGGGAGUGGAUGUUGCGAGCGCGGCCACGGCGGGUGCUUUAACCUGUCCAGUGAUUACCGUGAUUGAUCGUGCAAUCAUCGAGAAAGCAGCCAAAGGCCUGCCCAUUCAACAAACCAUCACGUCGUGUUUCCGAUCGAUGGCCUCCCACCCGGGGGCCUUCUUCCUCAGCACCCCUUUCCUCCUCAUCUACACGCUGUACACCUCAACCUACCUGACGGCCAAUACCAUUGACACGGUGAUGUCGACGAUGCGGGACAAGCCCUUCUCGACGGUCUUUCCGGGAACGGCCAAAUUCCUCUCGACGACGGUUGUGAACAUGGGGAUCUGCGUAUACAAGGAUGCGCGAUUCGCGCGCAUUUUCGGGGCGGCGUCAUCCUCGCCGAAACCCCCCCCUACCACCAACCCAGCAUUGCCGUUGCAAGGCAUCCGAACCCCCGCAGUCGCAUCCUGCCACCCUGCCUCCGGCCCCGGCACCCCUAAGGUACCGCGCAUCUCCUACGCCCUCUUCUGCCUCCGCGACAGCAUCACCAUCUUCGCCUCCUUCAACAUCCCGUCCCUGGUCGCCCCCUCCAUCCCCGAUGCUGUGGCGGCGUCCCCCGGCAUGAAGGCCGCCCUCGCGCAAUUCUCGUGUCCCGCCCUGAUGCAGUUCGCUAGCACGCCCAUGCAUCUGCUCGGCCUGGAUCUGUAUAACCGUCAGCCCCCCGGGGGGCUGGGGUGGCGGGAGCGGGCGGCGCGGAUUCGCCGGGAUUAUGUGCCGAGCUGUUUUGCACGGAUGGGGAAGAUCGUGCCGGCUUAUGGCGUCGGUGGAGUCGUUAAUGUACGGAUGAGGGCUUGGUUGAUGGGCGCGUUGGAGGGGCGGUAG